UUUCGGUGCCAGUAGUCCACAGGUAUCAUUCAAGAAGUUCUGUGCAAAAUAAACCGGCAAACUGCAUAAACUUGCAGAAUUUGGACAUGGGUGUAAUAGAAAGGGUCAAGAAAGAAUGGUUCCUGUUAGGAAUUGUUUUUGUUAUCUCUAUGGCAAAAGUGGACCCGAGUUUGGGCGUAAAAGGAGGACCAUUGAAGCCGGAAUACACUGUUAAAUACUUCGCUGUCUCCUUUAUUUUUUUUAACAGUGGUCUGUCUCUCAAGACCGAGGACUUGACCAGUGCGCUGUUCCAGGUGAAGCUACAUGGCUUCAUCCAGACCUUCACACUUGUGUUCAUCCCCUGUCUCAUCAGGGUACUCAUUAAGGGUCUACAGUACUCACCGAUCAACCCCUGGCUGCUUAAAGGGCUGAUGGUUGUCGGCUGCAUGCCCCCACCAGUCUCUUCAGCAGUCAUUCUCACCAAGGCAGUAGGAGGCAAUGAGGCAGCAGCUAUAUUCAACUCUGCUUUAGGCAGUUUUCUGGGUAUCUUUGUCACUCCAGUCUUACUACUGCUAUUUCUCGGUUCACCUUCAGCUGUCCCGUACAGCACCAUAUUUGGACAGCUGACCCUCACGGUGGUGGUGCCUCUCAUUGUGGGACAAGUCGUCAGGAGAUAUGUGAAAGACUGGCUGGAGAAGAGCAAGCCUCCGUUUGGGAGCAUAAGCAGCUGUACACUGUUGCUGAUCAUCUACACAACAUUCUGUGACACCUUCAGUAGUUCUGAUAUUGAACUGGACCACUUCAGUCUGGUCUCCAUUGUUUGUGUAGUGCUAUUGAUACAGGUGUGCCUGUUACUUUUUUUGUUCUUCGUCACAAGAAGUCCAUCUUUUGGCUUUACUCCAUCUGAUGUGGUCAGUCUUAUGUUUUGUGCAACACACAAGUCAUUAACUCUAGGCAUUCCCAUGUUGAAGAUAGUGUUUGCUGGUUAUGAACACCUGUCAGUCAUCUCUAUCCCCCUCCUGGUGUACCACCCCACACAGAUCCUGCUAGGGGGGGUACUGGUCUCCCCCGUCAGGACAUGGAUGCUCGCUGCUCAGAAAGUAAAACGGAGCGAGCAAGUCAUCUAACACCAACUCCCAUCCUGCAGCAGGAGAAGUGGUAUAACAUCACCCAAUAUUAUUGUAGAUAUAAAAAAUAGGAAAGGUAACCUCAGCUUGGGCAGGUGUGAGUCUGUUACCAUGGUAACCACAGCUCAUUGCCAUAGCAACACCAAUACUAGCAAUUUGAGAUUGAAUAACACCCUGGGUAACAGAUAGGGAACAAUCAUGGUAUGGGGAAGUAGUACUAAGUAUAAUUUUUCAGGGAAUACAAAGUUUUCAAUCUGUGCUACCUUAUCUGCUUACUCUUGUGCAAUCAUUUCUAACACUAUCCUGGUGAGUAGAGGAGAGAACAGUUAGAAAUUGACUAGGUACAUUUUCUCAGUCCUACUUUCUUCAUUCCAGUUAAUAUGUGCAUUUUUCAUCUUGUA